CUCCGCUAACAACAACACCCACCCAUAUACACACACAAAAAAAAAAGCAUGAGAAGUCUAAGGCCAAAGAGGUUCUGCAUAGGAUUUGGGUGUGGAGGAAUCGGGAUUGCCAAAAAAGGACAUGAUCAUAAAAGAUCAUCAUCAUCAUCGUCAUCAUCAUCAUCAUCAUCAUCAUCAGGUAACAACAACAUCGAGUGGGAGAAGAGGCCGGGAGGAAUGCUGGUUCAGAAGAGACCGGGAGGACAGAACGUUGAAGAUUUGAUAACUGUCAGAGUCUUCUCCACUGCUUCUCAGUUUUGGCAUGAAAUCUCCAUCGACUCCAACUCCACUUUCGGUGAAAUGAAGAUGAUAAUAUCGAUGGCGAGUGGGAUGGAGGCAAGAGAGCAGAGAAUACUGUACAGAGGGACUUGCUGUUGGAAGAUCCUGCCCUCAAGGAGAUGA